AUGCCCAGAAACCGCCCUCGUGCUCAAGGAAGCACCAAGUCCCCUUUCGAGAGGCAACGCGCUCGGGAUGGAUACCGGCGCAGACAGUCACGCCGCCAGCAAGCUGCGGCCCAUGAAAGUGGUGGUGGUCACGCCGAGAGUAACUCCAACGGUGUGCAGGGUGUCGAAGGCCACCCUUCCGACGCCGGUCAUGUUGGCAUGACUGGCGAUCGAGACGAAGCUGGUCCCCAAGUCCAGCAAACCGCUGAGGCCGCUGUGCAAGAGGCCUCGACUUCCCCCCCUCACCUGGAGACUACCAGGCUGGCUCAGGACAUGAGCUCAUUGGCAAUCGCCGACCCCGCUAUACAGCAGGGAGAUGCUCACAUUGAGCAACCGAAUUCCGGGCCUCAAGACCCAGACCAGAUUGCUGGUGAUGUUGCCCCUGACCAAGUAGCAUCGAACCUACCUGAGAAUAUGGAUUUAUCAUAG